GGACAAAUUGUACAGACUUAUCGAAACGUCUGACAACUAAACGCAAUCAACAUAUGCCUGUCGUAAAUCAUAAUUGAGUUUUCUUCAUUAUCUCACUUUCACGGUUCUUCGUUUAGAUACGUCAGGGUACAAGGAGACUCACGUGGCGGUAAAGCUUCGUGAUUGGACAGGUAUAUGAUAAGCCGGAACAUUGACUUAAAACAAGUAAAAUUAGCCUGUUAGGCACGUGAAAUUCUUGAAAUAAUCCCAAUUUGUGUUUCGACCCAACCUCCCAAUUGCGGGAAAAAUUUCGCCCGUUUCAGGGAAGCCGCUGUAGAAAAUUCUAGGGAAAUGUAGACAUUCCGAGUUGCAUAAAGAUUUGACCCAUGAAUUGUUGCAGUGCGACAGUUACGUUUGAUCAGUGUAUUCUUUUAUAUGUUCAGUUUAGUGUUGUUUCCCACUUUUCAUCCUCGUAUCCGAUUUGUUCUUUAUGAAUAAUAUUUCUCACGUUUAGUUUUUCUUACAGUGGUUGAUUUCAUUUCGACUCAUCUCAGAUUGCUAUUUUCCUUUCUCCUUGCGUUGAUGUGAGUUGUGAAAACCUGGACUGACACAUUUGUAUAAUGCUCUAUGCGGAUAACUGAUUGAUAGUGUUGAUAUAUUUAGUAAGUUCUAUUCCACUCAAACGUCUUGUUGAUUUUAUCGCUAGCAACAUAGGUAAUUUGUACUUAAACGCUAAUUCAUCGUUCUGCGCUUUAAAGUUAUGAUGACAGUAUUUGCAAGUGCUCAUACUCUGUCCGGGUAAGUAACGGUAAGGUUAGACACAUGGUAUUAUGGAAUGAUGGUAAAUCAGUUGAUGAGGUUGUAAAUCUUCAUCGACUGGGAUGAUUAGGGCACGUGUCACGUAUGCCUGAGCACUGAUUACCACGACGCGCAAUGUUGACUUGUGUUGGGGAUGUUUGGAAGAAAGUUAGGGGCGGCCAAACCAAAACGUGGUAUCAGCCCAUACAGUCACUAACUUCUAAUCUUAACCAUGUUGGUAGAUGCAGACUAUUUAGUUGGGGUCUAUUUAAAUAUCGUAACCAAUAGUUGGAGACUCUUGGUAACAUGGUUCAAAAUCGAUGACAGUGGCGUAGGUUUAUACAUUCUUUGUCUUCCCUUAAACCAUGAGGUUAAAAUUGCUGAAUUCCUUUAUUUCUACGAACUAAUUCUUUCUUAUGCGUUAUAUCCUUAUACAAAAAAUUUCUUUCAAAUAUUACCACCACUGAAUUAACUGCUAUGAAUUCGGUGUUCAUCUUGUUGUGCUAGUGAGUUAUGGCAACUUGGACCGAUGCACAUAUGUGCCUGGUCCUAUGUUGUAUCUGACUGACUGAUUGUGGUAACCUAAAUCACUGAAGUUACACAUUAUAUAAUCUGGUGAUCCAUUCCAGGGUUAGUGCGCCUACAGAUUCAUAACUUUCCUUACAUGUUUUAUCAGUAUCUAGUGUUUUUUUCUACUUUUGGUUGCAAGGAGUCACGCGUUGCUGAACAAUCAACGCAGUUGCCACCGUAAACUCAGUUGAAAAUGUCAAGUAUAUAAAAAUCUCAGAGUGAUGGUGCAAGUACAGGAUAGAGAAACUGGUUUAUCGAAAAAUGAGUACCUUCUUGCUGGUUCUGUCAGUGGUUUUGUUGCUAGGGCAGUUGUACAACCUUUGGACGUAAUUAAAAUACGUUUUCAGCUACAGAUGGAACCAAUCGAAGUUUCCAGAACAAGCAAGUAUCAAGGUCUUAUGCAAGCCGUCAGGUGCAUAAGCAAGGAAGAGGGUGCUAUUGCUUUUGGAAAGGUCAUGUUCCUGCUCAAAUGCAGUCGGUUACGUUCACUAGUGUUCAGUUUCUUACUUUUGAAGUGAUUCUUUCAUGGCUGCGUGAAGUCAACAGUCUCCUUAUUUCAGAUAACAAAAUAUUUGGCUUACCUAUUACCUACAAACCUAUUGGUAACUUUCUGUGCGGAUGUGGAGCGGGCUCUUUAGCAGCAGUAGUUACUCAACCAUUAGACGUCCUACGCACACGUUUCAUUGCUCAAGGUGAGCCGAAAACUUACGGGUAAGCUUCUUCAAUAGUGCUAUCGUUAGCUCCCAGUUGACUUGUCUAGUAAUAUAUGUGUAUUUUUAAAGUUGCCUUCAGCGAUUUAUAAACUGUGUGGAAUGUAAGUUUAGAGUGCAGGUCAAAUCGUUUUGAUCUCAGAAAUAUCUAGACUUCUACGUCCAUAUAUUUACAUUUGAUUUUUCAAUGGAUAAAUGAGUUGAGAAGCGUUCCUCAUAUUCCAAAUGAUAAAUGUCCCCUCGACACUAUGAUUUACUUGAGAAGAUCGUCAACAUACGACGAACUACAUUGCAGAGUCGUUCAUUGAGGACAGCUAUCAAAUACAAUCCAAGUAAGGACUAAAGUCAGACAAGGCUGCUUACUCUCACCCUUCCUCUUUCUUUUCGUAGUCGACUGAAUUAUGAAAACCUCGACAUCGGAGAGGUAACACGGAAUACAAUGGACAACUUGCAUGCAACUAGACGGUUUGGACCUCGCAAAUGACAUAGCUUUCCUAUCUCAUAUACACCAACAAAUGCAGAUGAAGACAACCAGUGUAGCAGAAGCCUCUGCAUCAGUAGGCCUUAACAUACACAAAUGAAAAAGCAAGAUCCUCAAAUACAACACGCAGAACACUAACCCAAUCACACUUGAUGGAGAAACUCUGGAAGAGUUGGAAACGUUCACGUAGCGGUUCAGAUGCAGACGUAAAGGCGAGGAUCGGCAAAGCAAGGACAGCAUUCCUACAGUUGAAUAACAUAUGGAACUCAAAACAACUGUCAACCAAUAUGAAAGUGAGAAUCUUCAAUACGAACGUCAAGACAGUUCUACUGUACGGAGCUGAAACUUGGAGAAUUACUACAAACAUCAUCAAAACGGUACAAGUAUUUAUGAACAAUUGUCUACGUAAGAUACUGAAUAUCCGUUGACCGAAAACCAUCAGUAACAACCUACUGUGAGAGAGAACAAACCAGGUUCCGUCUGAAGAGGAAAUCAGGAAAAGACAGAUGGAGUUGAUAGGACAUACAUUACGGAAAUCACCAAACUGCAUCACGAGCCAAGCCCUAACUUGAAAUCCUCAAGGUAAACGUGAAAGUGGAAUGCCGGAGAACACACUACGACUGGAAUUGGAAUCAGACAUGAAAAGGGUGAAUAGGAAGUGGAAAGAACUGGAAAAGAUUGCCCAGGACAGAGUUGGAUGGAGAGUGGUGGUGGGCAACUUAUGCUCCUCCGUGAGUGGCAGCAGGUGUAAGUAAGUCGUUUGGAUUUCUGUUCAGCAGUUUUUAACGACAUAGGACUUAGUGGAAUUGUUCAUUGACCCAUUUUCACUUUAUAAGGACGCAGCGUGCCAUAGAUACAAACCAUCUUUGAAACAUUUUGAUUCUCGGCUAGGAGAAACACUUUCAAACAUAAGAUUAUUGCUGAAAACAUCUAGAAAUCUUAGUUUAUUCAGCAUUUUCUCUGAGAGAAUUGUGUCGUUUGAUGAUCUAAUACUUUGGACACUAUAUUGAUCAGGUUAUAGCAAUAAGAUUUUGUCCAGUUUCAUAAACCAGAACGAUUAGCUAUUUAGGAUCUCAUAAUUUGGGGAAAGACGUAGAAUGAAUGCACCUGCGCCAUUGCAUAUGGUUUUGAGCAGUCAUUCAAAGCCUCUAGCCAUUGGUAACAAUAAUCACGCAGGCCCCAACUAUGUAGUUUACACCUAUUAACAUAGCCCAGCCCAGCUGUAAAUGCCUUCGUGGACUGAUGCAAUGUUUCGGCUUGGUCGUUCCAAGCUCUUCCAAACUACUUCUGAUACUACACCACAAUAUCGCCUGUCAAGGUUGGCGGGAGUUGGGCUUUCGUAACACAUAUCUCAAACACCUCAGUUAAUGAGGAUUUACUAUUUCAUCAAUCGAUUUACCAUUCUUACCUAAUACCCUAUUACUUACCCAGACAUUUCUUAUUCCAUGGUCCCAAAAUACGCGGGGAACGCUUCAAAGACACCUAUGAUCGAAUACCAAUAACCUAUGAAUAUUCUCUAUUCUUGAUGUUCAUGUUUCAUACCCGCACAGUAGAACGAAGCGAACUGCUGCACAGUAAACUUGCCCUUUAGUUGGAAGACGGAUGUCUCACCUACGCGACUUGUAAUGCAAGCUGACGGAAAACAAUCAAAUUUUCUGAAUCCGUCCCCUGUGAUUAUCAUUAGAGAAUUUUAGACUGGGACGAUCAGCGAUCGAGACCAGUUGGAUAGGAUUGCGUCCAGUUGCCAGAUUCUAACUAAGAUUCCAUGUAAUCUGACUUUUGACACCGGACCACCAUUUUCAGGUUGCUUGAAGAUAAUGGAUAACUGAAGCGUGACUUUAGGUCAGUUGAACUGUUUCCUAAAGUGUACUGCUUAUUGAUCUGAUCUCCUGAAUUGUGAGUAAAUAAUAGUCCCGUCUUUUUCCCUGAUAGUUUCUUUAACUACCUCAUUUUUAAUACCCUUUGCCUCGAUAAGUCUAGACAGUUGUCUGCUGAGGAGCAUACUUUAUUUUUCGGUGGUUACUACCCUUCGUUCAACACGUCCGAUUCACUUAAAUUACGUUUGAAUAUUUGAUGUUAAAGUUCUCAACGUCACUCAACAACAUUCAUUGAAUGAUAUGCUAUAUUUGUCGUUAAUCUAUUAUAUUUAUUGACGGUUUCCCAAGGCGUCAUGCCACGCAGGUACAAUAUUGCUCAUAUGAUUCGUUUAAAUAGCUUUUUGCUUUUAGCUUGUUUCUCAGCUAUCCUACGCACUAAUCAUCCUUAAUACAAUACUUCGACGCCUAACUAAAGCUCGUGAAGAGCAGACCAGAGAAAACCAGACUGGUUUCCGACCUGGACUUGGGUAUAUAGACCAGAUAUUCACACUACGUCAGGUUCUAGAACACAGACACACAUUCAGACGCCCCACAAUCGUAGUGUUUCUCGACCUUAAGGCGGCAUUCGACUCUGUUGAUCAUGAGGUUCUAUGGCAGUGUUUGUCACUGAAAGGAGUACAUUAACCUUAUAAAAGCUCUCUCUACUCGAACACAACUGGUAGACUGAGAGCUUAUGGCGAACUGCCAUCAGAAUUGGUUACCUCAAGUGGUGUUCGUCAGUGUUGUCCACUCUCUCCAUUCUUGUUCAACUUCGUCAUCGACAUGCUUUUAGAGAUGAAACUUUCCUCAUCUAGAUUUCCAGGGGUUGAACUUCUACCGUGAGGUUCACUUGUUGACUUAGAAUAUGCCGAUGAAAUAGUUCUAUUUGGUGAAGAUGCUGACAAAAUACAGAGUCUUCUAACCACUAUAAGCAACAAUACAAGCAUGUUCGGGAUGUGAUUCUCCCUCUCGAAAUGCAAAAUGUUGCUUCAGGAUUGGGUUGCAUUGACACCCGAACUAAUGAUAGGGAGUGAAGUAAUUGAGCGUGUCGAUCGCUUCGCUUAUAUUGGAAGUCUCAUCAGCCCUUGUGGUCUGGUGUGUGACGAAAUCUCAGCACGGAUACAGAAGGCUCGACUAGUUUUUACGAACUUGCGUCAUUUAUGGCGUAGGCGAGAUAUCCGUCUAUCAACCAAAGAACGUGUUUACUGCGCAGCAGUUCGUUCCUUCCUACUUCAUGGCAGUGAAACAUGGCCGGUAAGAGUAGAGGAUAUUCGUAGGUUACUAGUAUUUGAUCAUAGGUGUCUUCAAAAUAUUGCUCGUAUAUCCUGGGACCAUCGAGUAAGUAAUGCAGUUGUUAGGAAACGGGUACUAGGUAAGGAUGGCAAAUCAAUUGAUGAAUUAGUGAAACUUCAUCAGUUGAGAUGGCUGGGACAUGUGUUGCGUAUGCCCAACCACCGACUGCCUCGAUGUGCGAUGUUUUGUUGUAUAGGAGUAGAUAGGAAGAAAGCUAGGGGCGGCCAGACCAAAACAUGGCACAAGUCCAUGAAGUCACUGACAAGUGGACUGAGUCAUGUUGGUAGGUGUAGACUACCUGGUUGGGGACCGCGAGAUGAUAGCAACCGAUGGUUAGAGACCCUGAAUGAUAUGGCUCAAAAUCGUUUGCAGUGGUGAGUGCAGGUGCAUUCACUCUUUGUGUUCUCCCAAAUUCUAAUCUUCUGAAUUCUUCACGUCCUUUUUUUCUUUCCAAAUUUAUUACACUGGAUUGUAUUCUUUGAAUAACAUCUUCAAAACCUAGUCUUUUCGAUCAUUGCUUAUACUUUUACUAUGUCUACCACUAUGGGAUUUGAAUCGACAAUUGUAUCUCUAUGCUAAUGUCGUAUGGCAACUCGAACUGAUGUACGAACGUACGAAUUUCUACGUUGUGACUGACUGAACCUGUACUGGUUAUCUGAGAAUCUGUUUUAUAAUCCCUGUAAUAAUGUACAGAUUGGCUGUGUAUAGAAAGGUCAUGUAAAUAAGUGCUCACAGUAUGAGUUCUAAUGAUGUCUUUUAUCAUUACUUGACAGAUAUUUCAACGGGUAAUCGACUUUUUAAGAGAUCACUGAACAACUUUGAAGUAAGUUCAUUUAAAAGCUAAACAGAUAUUCUACUCCUACUGCAGAAUACACUGAAAUCCCGAUGACCAAUUAAUCAAAUAUUGUAUUCUUACUUUUUAGGAGCAUGUCACAUGCAGCUGUUUCCAUCAUAACUCGUGAAGGUGCUCAAGGGUUUUCCGUGGGCUUGUACCAUCUCUUCUUCUUAUAGCACCACAAACAGGGAUUCAAUUUGCCAUUUAUCAUUCAUUAAACCAAAUGAUUAAUCAAGGAAAGUAUUAUUUGCAUCCCAAUCUCAUUGAUAAGUCACCACAAUUCCAUAGCGGUAACCGUUCAGUUGGUAUGUUUUGUUAACUAAUGAAAUCUGUUAUUUUUCCGUCCAUUGAUUUGGCUCAAGUAUCCAUAUUUCAAAACAUAAUUCAUUUCCAUUAUCCGGGUAUUAUCAUUACCCCUUACACUGAAAGGACCCGCUGAAUGAGUUAAUUUAACUUUUUUUCCCAGAACCAGACCUUUGUGGAAUAGAAUUUAGUAAAUAUAUCAACACUAUCAAUCAGUUAUCCGCAUAGAGCAUUAUACAAAUGUGUCAGUCCAGGUUUUCACAACUCACAUCAACGCAAGGAGAAAGGAAAAUAGCAAUCUGAGAUGAGUCGAAAUGAAAUCAACCACUGUAAGAAAAACUAAACGUGAGAAAUAUUAUCCAUAAAGAACAAAUCCGAGACCCGUAUUCAAGACUGGUGAAGUACUACAAAUUCGCUCUCCAUCUAUCGCUUCGAAAGGCUUGUUUUACGUGCAUUUAUCCGGGAACCAUGUGGCAUUUUCGUCUGGUGUUGCACUAAGCGUUAGAGCUGAGGCAGCACUAAUCGGUUGGAUCCCCAUUAACAGUCGGUUAUGUGCUGUUAGAUUAUAAAGUUCCAUCAAAGUGAGAAGAAAUCGGCGUGAGAAACGAUGUCUUUUCGUCAUCUCCGCCUAUGCCCCGACAGAUUGCAGCCCGGAUGCAAUCAAGGAUGAAUUCUACCACCAGUUAUCUGUUCUUCUCCAGAAAGUGUGUUCGACAGAUAUUGUAGUACUUACCGGAGACUUGAAUGCUCAGGUCGGGCGUCUAGGCGCAGAAAAGAGUCGUUUAGGCGGCCGAUGGGGACUUGUUGGUCGCAGGACAGAUAUCGGUGACCGUCUAUCGCAACUGUGCACAGACCACAACCUGUUUCUGGCUAGCACUAACUUCCGGCACAGUCAUCGCCGAUGUGCCACCUGACGUCCUCCCUCUGCAUCUCAAGCCUGGACUCAGAUUGAUCACAUCGCGAUCAGCUACUGCUGGCGUGGUUGUUUACAAGACUGCCGCUCCUUUUGGAGUACCUAUCUGGACUCUGAUGAUGCCUUGGUCUGCGCCAAUCUUACCUUACUUUUCAGUGGCCAACGGAGUGACUGCCACCAAGGGAUUGAUGUUAGCAAGCUGGUUGCAACUUCUGUUGUUAGUAAGUAUCGAACCGAGCUAGCUUCUAGGCUAGCCACCAUUCCACCGAAAAGGAUAGAUGAGCAUUGGCUGCAACUUCAUGACGCCAUGAGAAUGGCGGGUACAGUCAGUUGUGGGUUCGCGAAACGUCCCGCUUAUAAGCACUGGGUUUCUUUUGGCUUCCGUCAUACUUCGUAGGUUGUUCAAAACUCGAGAAAGAUUGACUCUCGAGGAGCAGGCUGGUAUUCGUUCCGGUCGAGGAUGCAUUGAUCAUAUCUUCACCAUCCCCCAAUGUUAGAACACCGCCAUACUUUUCAAAGGCCAACAAUCGUAGUGUUUCUUGACAUCAGGGCUGCCUUCGAUUUGUUGGACAGGACUGUUCUCUGGGAUUGUCUAUUGAAGAAGGGUGUGCCUGAGAAGUUUAUUAACAUCCUAAAGGCCCCAUAUACAAACGCUUCAGGCAGAGUAAAGGCAUGCCAUCACCUCUCUCAAUUGUUCUAUUCAAGCAGUGGGGUUUGGCAGGGUUGCACAAUCGCACCAUUCCCCUCCAACUUUACCAUCGAUGACAUUCUAGAAACAGCUCUGAUGGAUGUAAGUAAUGGUGGUGUGGAUCUGUUGCCUGGAGAAAGACUUCUCGACCUUGAGUAUGCGGACGAUAUUGUCUUACUGUGCGAUAAUGCCCAAGGCAUGCAAUCCGCACUUAGUCAGUUGGCAAUCAGUGUCCGUAGGUAUGGUAUGUGCUUUGCACCUUCGAAGUGCAAAGUACUUCUACAAGACUGGCAGGAUUCCAAUCAUGUACUCACUCUGGAUGGUGAACAGAUAGAAGUAGCCGAGAAGUCCAUGUAUCUAGGUGGCUGCAUAAGUGCUGGUGGGGGUGUGAGUGAUGAGAUCAAUGCACGUAUAGUGAAAGCCAGAGCGGCUUAUGCCAAUCUGGGCCAUCUUUGGCGCCUUCGUGAUGUUAGUUUGGCUGUAAAAGGUCGGAUCUACAACGCGUUGGUGAGAGCAGUUCUGCUCUAUGUUUGUGAAACCUGGCCUCUCCGAGUUGAGUAAGUUAAACGACUCUCUGUGUUCGAUCAUCGUUGUCUCUGAAGGAUUGCUGAUACUCAGUGGCAACACCAUGUUAGUAAUGCAGAGGUUCGACAUCGUGUGUUCAGACCCAUAGAUGAUAAUGCAUCAUGAAACACCGACUUCGGUGGCUUGGACAUGUUCUACGAAUGUCGUCCCAGAGAAUUCUACGUCGUGCAUUGUUUGCCGACUAUCGGACUGGUUGGAAGAAGCGGAGAGGUGGUCAGUGUAUGACAUGGUGUCGUGGUAUGAAAGAAAGCUGCAAAGGGCUGGAUUCUGUCGGUCCUUCACGACUCCCUGGCUGGGGUCCUAGAGGUGGUGUGACACAAUGGCUAGAGACGUUAUCAGAUAUGGCUCAGAAUGGAAGCUAGUGGCGAUCCUGCUGUAACCUUCUUUUACUUUCUUCGUGAAAAUCGGUUGUUUCUUCCUUAACUGAAAGAUUUCUUCGGAUUGUACCUUUCCAUUUCCCCAGUAUUAUUGUUCAGUCAGUCAGUCAGUAACAACGUAGAACUUACUACGUACGUACAUCAGUUCGAGUUGCCAUACGACAUUAGCAUAGAGAUACAAUUGUCGAUUCAAAUCCCAUAGUGGUAGACAUAGUAAAAGUAUAAGCAAUGAUCGAAAAGACUAGGUUUUGAAGAUGUUAUUCAAAGAAUACAAUCCAGUGUAAUAAAUUUGGAAAGAAAAAAAGGACGUGAAGAAUUCAGAAGAUUAGAAUUUGGGAGAACACAAAGAGUGAAUGCACCUGCACUCACCACUGCAAACGAUUUUGAGCCAUAUCAUUCAGGGUCUCUAACCAUCGGUUGCUAUCAUCUCGCGGUCCCCAACCAGGUAGUCUACACCUACCAACAUGACUCAGUCCACUUGUCAGUGACUUCAUGGACUUGUGCCAUGUUUUGGUCUGGCCGCCCCUAGCUUUCUUCCUAUCUACUCCUAUACAACAAAACAUCGCACAUCGAGGCAGUCGGUGGUUGGGCAUACGCAACACAUGUCCCAGCCAUCUCAACUGAUGAAGUUUCACUAAUUCAUCAAUUGAUUUGCCAUCCUUACCUAGUACCCGUUUCCUAACAACUGCAUUACUUACUCGAUGGUCCCAGGAUAUACGAGCAAUAUUUUGAAGACACCUAUGAUCAAAUACUAGUAACCUACGAAUAUCCUCUACUCUUACCGGCCAUGUUUCACUGCCAUGAAGUAGGAAGGAACGAACUGCUGCGCAGUAAACACGUUCUUUGGUUGAUAGACGGAUAUCUCGCCUACGCCAUAAAUGACGCAAGUUCGUAAAAACUAGUCGAGCCUUCUGUAUCCGUGCUGAGAUUUCGUCACACACCAGACCACAAGGGCUGAUGAGACUUCCAAUAUAAGCGAAGCGAUCGACACGCUCAAUUACUUCACUCCCUAUCAUUAGUUCGGGUGUCAAUGCAACCCAAUCCUGAAGCAACAUUUUGCAUUUCGAGAGGGAGAAUCACAUCCCGAACAUGCUUGUAUUGUUGCUUAUAGUGGUUAGAAGACUCUGUAUUUUGUCAGCAUCUUCACCAAAUAGAACUAUUUCAUCGGCAUAUUCUAAGUCAACAAGUGAACCUCACGGUAGAAGUUCAACCCUGGAAAUCUAGAUGAGGAAAGUUUCAUCUCUAAAAGCAUGUCGAUGACGAAGUUGAACAAGAAUGGAGAGAGUGGACAACACUGACGAACACCACUUGAGGUAACCAAUUCUGAUGGCAGUUCGCCAUAAGCUCUCAGUCUACCAGUUGUGUUCGAGUAGAGAGAGCUUUUAUAAGGUUAAUGUACUCCUUUCAGUGACAAACACUGCCAUAGAACCUCAUGAUCAACAGAGUCGAAUGCCGCCUUAAGGUCGAGAAACACUACGAUUGUGGGGCGUCUGAAUGUGUGUCUGUGUUCUAGAACCUGACGUAGUGUGAAUAUCUGGUCUAUAUACCCAAGUCCAGGUCGGAAACCAGUCUGGUUUUCUCUGGUCUGCUCUUCACGAGCUUUGGUUGGGCGUCGAAGUAUUAUUGAGGCUAAUAGUUUAGACACUAUAUUUGUCAAACUGAUUCCUCUGUGAUUGUCACAAAAGGACUUUUGUUCUUUCUUAUAGACUGGCACAAUCAGUGAUGGAGACCAGUCAGAUUGGAUUACGUCCAGUUCCCAAAUUCUACUUAAGACCUCAGUUAAUCUCACUGCCAAUACUGGACCACCAUCCUUAAAAAUCUCAGGGGUAAACCUUUCAAGGCCUGCUGCUCUCCCUCGCUUCCGAUUUCUCAUGGCUUUUUCAACUUCGUAAAGAGACGGAAGACCUGCACUAAAUUGCCAUUCAGGUUGACUAGAGAUCGUGGGAAACCGAAGUUGAACUGAUCCCUAAAGUGUUCUGCCCAUCGAUCCGAUCUCCUGGAUUGAGAAUGUAUAAUAUAUCCAUCUUUCUCUGAGAGUGUUUCGCUAACAGUCGGGUUCCUAAUACCGGUUUACCUAACAAGUCUGAACAAUUGUCUGCUAUUACCUACUGCCGCUGCCUUUUCCAUCUCUCUUGCUUUCGCUACCCACCACUGUUCACGAUCAUUGCGUAGACUACUUGUCAGCCUGCGCUUAAGCUGACUCCGCUCUUCAUUAUGUUCAGAGCCAGGUGGAAUGAGUUUCCGAGCAUCUAUCAGUGCGAUAGAUGCUGCUGAGAUCCAGUGUUUCUCCCUAACCUUACGGGUUACCGUACUAGCAGAUAUCAUUGCUGUUUCCACAGCUUUUCGGAUAUCAUUCCAUGCUGCCUCGGGGUGGGCAUCACAUACAUGGCUGCCUAACUGUUUUCCUAGUUGUUCCUGAAAUAUACUCUUAGCUUGACUAUCAUUAAGUAGGGCCCUAAGGGGUUUACUUGCAGCGUCCUUCCUACGUCCAGUAAGACGCAGGCAAAUACGCGCUCGUACUAGAGCAUGAUCUGAAUCUAAGCAUGUGCUCCAGAAUGAGCGACAGUCUUCUAUCGAGCCCCUCCACCGGUGGCUGAUAGCGAUGUGAUUUAGUUCGGUCAAACGUUGGCAUGAGUUGGAGGGUUGCCGUGUCAAAACAUGUUUUUCCUUAUGCUUAAAGUUUGUAUUUGCAAGAAAGAGGCGGUUAUCUGAGCAUAGCUGCAACAGACGGUCGCCAUUAUCUGUUCUUUGAGCCACGACACUAUAAGAUCCACCCAGGUGUCUUUCCCUAUCGCUUAGUUUACCUAAUUGAGCAUUAAAGUCACCGGCCACUAUUACUACAUCCGGGCGCCUAGCUUUUAGGAGAAGGUCGGAGAGCUUCCUGUGAAACUCAUCUUUGACAUCAUCUGAGCUGCAGUCAGUGGGAGAAUAAGCAGAGACGACGAAGAGGCAACGACGAGUGUCCCUAUCUUUUCGGAUCCUUACUGUUCCGUUCAGUCGGACAGCGCACAAACGACUGUCAACUGGGAUCCACUGUAAGGGAGCUAGUUCUGCCCUAGGACUCAAUACUAUACCUACGCCGGCGAGGCCACAGGAAGCAGAAUCAGGACUUCCAGAUACACGAAGUGUGAAUCGAGUUGGUUCUUUGUUUUGACAUGGUGAUGUCAAAUGCAUGAUGCUACUCGGAUCCUGUAUGCGCGUUUCGGAGACGCAGCACACAUCGAUGGCGCGGGAUUCUAAAGUCCUAGCUAAGGAAGCCUGUUGUCCUAUUUGGCACAGUGUUUGGACGUUAAAAGCUCCUACGUGUAGUUUAGAGCGUGGUUUCAGGAGACCAGGAAUAACGUUCCACGUACUCGAAUCGUUUGCCCUAGCGGUGCGAGGUGAUAAAGAGACGUGAGGAGGGUUAGUCAUGGAGAUAAGAGAGGUAUUAGGAGGUGUAGGAAGGAUUUGAAUGUGACCACCUUGGUCUCGUGUGGUGUUACGGGUAUGAGGGCUGAUAUCACUUCCCGGCUGCCCAAACCGUGGAAGGGUAUUUCUUGAGGAAUCUGAAAAGGAAAUUGGAUUAGUGUUGGUCUUGACGACCUGGAAGCGUGACCGCAGAGCCCAAGGGACAACUGCUUGAGGCCGGUCGCGCACGGCCUUUUUGUGGAAGGUUUUUGACGUGUUAGCUCCGUUCUUCAAAGGGCCUUACCGCCGGAGACGGAAAUCCGUGAGGUAAGGUGAGGUGUGACAUUUUUAGGGUCGACCUUUUCUAACCCCUUCCUUCCUUGUGGGAAGGCAGCAUCGCUGCAGAUGCUGGUUGUCUGAGGGAAACACCUUACUGCUGUCACACUCCUCUACAGUCAGCAAUACGACUUCGCCCUCAGACCUUGAGUUGCUGCUUUUAGUCUUACCGUUCUCCAAUCGACUUGCCUGGCAUGGUAGAACCUAUAGAAACAUAUGUUCCAGCCAAUAUAGCUCGGUGGGGUCAUCACGAUAGGCAAGCCCGAUCACCGCGUCAAGGUAGCAGCUUCGGUCGGGAUUAUUAUUAUUAUUGCGCUACCUUGC